UCCUCUCACAGCUCCGUCCAGCGCGCAGAGCCAAAGCUUUUGCGCAGACAUUCUGCGCUGAAAGACGCGGUUCUCUUUCCCAUUCUUGGAAGUCGCUCGUUGUUUUUGGAUUUUUUGCACCUCUGCUGCUGCAUCCGCCUGCAAAGGAGCACAGAUUCACUACAGCAGCUUGUGAGAGACUGGAUCAGGGAUUUAAAAUGGUGAUUAAAGUGUACAUAGCCACGUCUUCUGGAUCCACCUCGAUUAAAAAGCAGCAGCAGGACGUGAUGGGCUUCCUGGCGGCUAAUAAAAUCGAGUUUGAGGAGUGCGACAUCGCUGCCAACGAGUCCAACAGGAAGUGGAUGAGAGAGAAUAUUCCGGAGGAGUCCAGACCUGCCACGGGGAACCCUCUGCCCCCCCAGAUCUUUAAUGAAGAGAAAUACUGCGGGAACUACGAGGCCUUCUUCGAUGCCCGGGAGGACAAUGCUGUCUAUGCAUUUCUGGGUCUGACUGCCCCCCCAGGUUCCAAGGAAGCAGAGGCUCUAGCCAAGAAGGCACAGCAGUAGCAUCCUGACGCCGUUUCUACCUUAAACCUCAGGCCUUUCCAAAACGCAGACCUGGAGCAAAACAAGACUCACCCACUCAGACACUUCAUUCCUGUUUCCUUAUUUUUCCUCUGUGCCUUUUCAGCAGCAGUGAAAGACGGUGAAAGCAUGGAGGGUUUCAGCCAGUUAGCCUCCGCCUGCUAACCCUAUUAGCAUAUUGACAUGUCAGUCACCUGCAGCAUGAAUAUGUGAACCUCAUCAUCAAGAACAAACAAGAGUCUUAAUGUUACUGAUCCAGGGUGUUAUCUUUGCUUCACAGCACAUCAGAGGUUUUAUUAUCCCCAAAAAGUCUUAAUUCCUGGAAAUCAAAGAUUUCACUCUUUCCAGACAUCCAGCUGUUUUCUGGAAAAACGAUUAGCCUCUGCUUUUACCUACUUGAUAUUGUCUUAAUGCUGAUUUAAUAGCAAACUUUGCUUAGAAAUGAGAAUACCUGCCAAAAUGGCCAAAUGAGGGAUUUUUUUUGUCGUUAUUAUUAUUGUUUUAUUUGCUGUCUUUGUAUUUUGGAGAAAUCUUGUUUAACAUUCUGUUUCAUAUUUCUCUUUAAUGUCCCCCCUGAAUUAAAAUAAACCAUAAACCUGA